CAAUGACGGGGUCUUUCCAAUUGCGCUCCUUAGGAUGACUAUAAUGUUCCCAUACAUCUCUCCUGAGAACAAUACCCUUCUAUAUUUGACAGGAAUUACAUUUUCUUCUAACAAUACAGUCAGUUGCCAUGACUCUCAAUUCAUGGAUCCCCUGAAGAUACUUGAUAAAAACCCUCACGAGCCAUCUCCAGUAGAAGAAAAUCUCAUCAACUCAAUCGGGAUAUGUGAAAAUAAUGCAGGAUGUGCUGAUUUCUCCUGUGCUAUAUAUCCAUCAAGUCUAGUCGAAUUUAAUAUGUUAUUAAGAAUAUGGAAGCCUUCUUUUAUUAAAGCAAAAUUUAAUUCAAUAGGCCUAAAUAUAACUGCUACACUCACAAUUGAAGAAUCGCCACUGGUGGUACUGAACAAAACAAUGGAAAGAACAACAGUGACUUUAACUGUAUCAAAAGAUUCUCAUGGAGGUGUCCCAAUCUGGGUGAUUAUACUCAGUGUUCUUGCUGGCCUACUGCUUCUAGCACUUGUAAUAUUUGCACUGUGGAAGGCUGGAUUUUUCAGAAGACCUUUAAAAGAAAAGAUGUGAGAAGUUCACAAACCAGUCUUAGAAGCACAGUAGAAAACAAAGCCUUUAAUAUCACAACAAUCCAUCAAUAUUAUGGAAGACAUAAUAAAAGUUGUAAAAUUA